UGCAUAUUGGGGACUGCCCAGAAUGUAUGGAACUGUACAACCAGCUCACCAUAAUGUCCCCACCGCUCCCAUGUACUGUUUGUUCCUGGUUUGAUUGUGAUACAUUUGAGUAUCUUGCAGCAGUGCCACCAUCAUGGGCUAUGGUGGCAUCAGAACCUACAAGCAGAGCCAUGCUGGGAUGAACGGUACCUGUCCAGUAGCUAGAGAGGGGCAGGAGAUGAUGCAGUUCUCUCUCUGCUGAUAGCCAGGGCUCAGAGAGGAGCCAGAGUCCACAGGAAAGGCCAUGGAAUCCCACUUUUACUCACUGGCAUCCCCCAAGAGAAGUACAGAGAAAAAUCAGCCCAGGGGAGAAAAGAGUUCAAGGUUCAUGAAUGGUUGGGGAGACACUGGAGUUCGGGGCGGUGAUGCUGUAUGGAAUAUGGGUUUAUAAUAAUUUAUAAUAUUAACAGCAAUAUUACAAAUUGGAAUGAAUCAUGCUAGAUAUGCUGUGUAAGGUGUUGGUGAAAAUGAUCUGAUUUGCCAAGUCUAAUAAUCUUGUUUAUGUUUGUAUUGCCUUUGUAUUGUGAGUUAGAGAUAUGUAGGGUAUAUCUGUAUUUCCAAACUUGUGCUGUGUUUCUGGGUGACACCCCCAGGCAGUUUGACAUCAGCACUGCCUAGCCUGUUUGAUGGUCCAUCAAGGAUCAUCGGCUGUACAAUUGACCCAUUGAGAGAAGGCAAGGGAUACAUCUUAUUAGUCAGCAAGGCAUGUAGUAACUGGAGUAACUUUUCUGCAAACAAAGCUCUAAACAAAGUAAUGAAAGACCCAUCCAAGCUGUGGAUGUGUUCCACAGGGACUUCCAAGCCAGCAAACUCACCAAUACGCCUAAGAACAUGAUAUAUGGACUUGGAAGUUUCUAUAUGUGUUUGAGUGCUUUAUCAUUUAACAACUCUUUAUAAUAAACCUUUAGUUUUAGACACUAAAGGAUUGGCUGGCAGCAUGGUAUUUUGGGUAGGAUCUAAACGAAUAUUGACCUAGUAACGUGGCUGACCCUAUGGGGUCAGAAGAACAUUUGGUAUAUGUGAGCAGAGUUUUUAAAUGACUUCUCCCUGUACUGGACCUAGGUGCUGAUUGGGAGCCAGAGAACUGGAAUGGAAUUAGGGGACUGGGGGGGGGGGAUUUCUUUUUUUUUAACUUCUUGAUAACCAGCGUGGGAGAUCAGAAGUACUGUCUGUGACUGGUUGGUGAGUUUAACUUCAGUGUUAACCACUAGUUUGGGGAGUCUCUGCUCUCCCUUCUGCAGCCUGGCCUGACUUUGGCAUUUUCAGUGAGGGCAGCCCCGGGCACCCCGGGUCACAGGGGUGUGUGAGGGAAUUAUGAAGAAAGUCUGUAAUCUGAUAUUUGGACAAAAGAAGGUGGAGCCAUGGCCGGGAAGAGUUGAGGAACCCCAUAUUAACCCAGAUCGAGAACAGCCGGGCAGUUGAACAUCUGCAAACUCAGAGACAAAAUGGACCAGAGCCGCACUAAGAAAGAAGCUAUGGAGAAACUUUUUGAUCCAAAAGAGUUUUUGAAAACGUAUUAUUCCUUUGACUCCACAAGCAGUGAAAAAAAUGAUAUUUUGAUGUUUUUUCUGAGAAACUUCUUUAAGACCUUCAUUUUGGAUGGCGUUAAAGGCAACACCCUGAUUCGUAUUGGCACUGCGCCCAGCAUUUUCGAACUGCUCUCUGCCUGUGAGUCCUUCAAGGAGAUCAUCGUCACACAGAAUACGGAUCAGAACUGUCAGGAACUGCAGAAAUGGCUAAAGAGAGAGCCGGGAGCGUUUAACUGGACUCCGGUGGUGAAAUACGCGUGUGAGCUGGAAGGGGACAGGAACAAGUGGGCUGAGAAGGAAGAGAAAUUACGAAGAAGGGUCAAGCAGAUUCUGGAAUGUGAUGUCAGCAAAUUCAACCCUGUGACCUUUGCCUCUCUGCCCCCUGCUGACUGCCUGCUCUUGUGCCAUUGUUUAGAAGCAACUUGCAAUGACCUGAGUACCUACCGUGCUGCACUGAAGAACAUCAGCUCCCUGUUAAAGCCAGGGGGUCACUUGCUGAUGCUGACCGUAAUGAAGUGUAAUUAUUAUAUGAUUGGUCAACACAAGUUUCCCUGCCUCUUUCUGGAGAAGGAGGUUCUGGAGGAAGCAGUGAAGGAGGCUGGUUAUGAUAUUUUGAAGUUUGAGGUGACUCCCAUAUGCUAUCCAGCUAGUUUGGUAGAGCAUGAGGGGAUCUCUUACCUAGUUGCUUCCAAAGGGAAGGGCAAAGAAGAUUAAAGAGAAAAUACAUCAGCUCAAUGCAAGUAGAGAGGCAGAAUAGAGUAGCUGUAGAUGCUGGUAGACCUGAAGCUCAAUGUGCUCUGUGGAGCUUUGAUGACCUCCAAAAACUCUGGAGAGCCAGUUUGUUCAGGAUGCACGAGCUUCAACCCCUUGUUGUGCCACUAAAGCUGCCUUCAUCCCGGUCCUUUCCCACUCAGAGCUGCCAUAACGUCUCCCUGGCCUCCAACCCCACUGUGCUUCAUCCAGUCUAGCUGCACCCCACUCGGCUUCAUCCUCUCCCUUCAUCCUCUCCCUGCUCUUGCCAUGUUUUGCCUAGUGUCAGGCUACAGCUGUGCAGUUAAUCAUAAUUACAUAAUGAAUCAUACAAAGCUCUUCUCACUGAUAACGGACUGGAGCCUGCUCCCAGUAGUCAGUGGCAAAACUCCCACUGGCUUCAGUGGUGCAGGACUGGGCCCAAUCAGUGCUGGGUUUGGAAUCAUUGGUGGAUGGGGUUUAGAAAGAGGAUCAAAAUCCAUAUACAGGCCCAACCACCCCAGACUUUUAGGAACAGACGUUCUGCCCCUGAGCUGCCUCUAGAUUCAAAUUCUGCAAAUAGCUCCAUUUGAUAAUGGGUUGAGCUACUCCUUUCUUACCUUAAAUUUUGCAACUCGCUCCCAUGUCAGGUGUUUAGCUUUGUGCCUUUCUAUGCAUCUGCAUUAGACUGUAAACUCCUUGGGGCAGCCAUCCUGCCUCCUUGAGAGUCUUGUCUCCCGGCACUGAGAGCAUGGCUCACACUGAACACAUCAUCCUCAAUACUGCCUAUAACCUCGCUGUGAUUUUAACAUUGAUCCGUUUGAACUGAUUGGCUUGUGCCUGACAGCUGCAUUGGGCCAUGGUGUUGGUUGAAUGAUUUGUUUUGGUGAAUAAUUGUAAUCUCCACCCAAUCGGUGCUUGUCUAAUAAAGAUCUGUUUCCCAUAUGCAAUAA